ACAUCUAUCCAUCAAACCCCUAACCAGUAACCACCCCACCACCACCACCACCGCAACAAUGCAGAUCUUCGUAAAAACCUUAACGGGCAAAACAAUAACCCUAGAGGUCGAAUCCUCAGACACAAUCGACAACGUAAAGUCCAAAAUCCAAGACAAAGAAGGCAUCCCACCGGACCAACAACGCCUCAUCUUCGCCGGAAAACAGCUGGAGGACGGCAGAACCCUAGCGGACUACAACAUCCAGAAGGAGUCAACGCUCCAUUUGGUCCUCCGCCUCCGUGGUGGGGCCAAGAAGAGGAAGAAGAAGACGUACACAAAGCCCAAGAAGAUCAAGCAUAAGCAUAAGAAGGUGAAGCUAAGUGUUUUGCAGUUCUAUAAGGUGGAUGAUGCUGGUAAAGUGCAGAGGUUGAGGAAAGAGUGUCCCAAUGCGGAGUGUGGGGCGGGUACGUUUAUGGCGAAUCAUUUUGAUAGGCAUUAUUGUGGCAAGUGUGGCCUUACUUAUGUUUACCAGAAGGCUUGAGGUUGAGGUUAAUUAAAUAAUAUAAUUAUAACUGUUUUUAUU